GGGACAGAGGCGAGGAUGCUUCUUUUUUUCCACGCGUUUUUAACACCGAUUAGGCUCCCGUAGGACUUCUCUCUUCUCCGCGCUGCGCACUGAUUGUACUGAGGGCGAGAGCAAAGGGGAAGGUUAGUGCAGCUAUGUUCCUUAGGAUCCGCGUUUUUUCGUGAUCCAGGCACUUACUUCUAGUACGUACCAUGGUGGCCUCGGACGACGAGGAGCUGCUCCCGACUGUAGUCGCGAAGCCGAAAGACGGCGGGCGCUCGUCGACCGAGUCCGGGUCGGUUUUGACGCGGAGUACUACUAGCCAGUAUCACAACUUCGCUGUCGAUCCGACCAUUGCGGAGGGGGAUGCGUUCGAAGACGGCCGCGACAGCCGCGGACCGCACGCCGCGGCGUCCGCGAGCAGUAGGCAGAGCCUCGGCGGCGAACAAGAACACGGGCAGUCGGGGACGAGGGAAAUGAAGGGGAAAGAAGAUGAACUGGUGCCGUGGCUGCGGUAUCUGGAUCCGGUGGCGCAGUUCGCGCGGUUGACGUCCUGGCUGCAGCUGCUGGUAGACACGUACGGCUGGCGGCUUUGCGCCAUUCUGGUACUGUCCCAGCACGUAUCAAAUGUAAAAAUGUCUGGGUCUGGAAGAGUACAAACUUGUGAUGCGCAUUUCAGAACACAGAAAAAUCUCUCAUGCAUAGGCAGCAAAAGUUCCCACUUUCUGUCACCAAAGUCAGGGAUUUGUCAUGCGGAUUCGGCAUCGCAGGGGCUUCUCGAAAGCUGUGAUGCCAGAGCUUCCAUGCCAGACCUUCUGCGUCAUGCAGAAACAGCAUGACUCUUCCAGACCCAGACAUUUUUACAAUUGAUAGCACGUGUUGAAGGGGUUCGUCUUUAGCUACCUGGCCACGUCCAUCGACUUUGCGCUGAAGUUCUACCAGGUUUCCGGGCCGCGGAUCCAGAUCUACAAGGCCGUCACGCUGGCGCCCUGGGCGCUCAAGCCGCUGUUUGGCGUGCUGUCGGACCGGUGCCCGAUUUUCGGCUACCACAAAAACAGUUACAUGGUGCUGGUCACCCUGGUGGCCAUGUGCGCUUCCGGCUACGUCGGUGUGCAGGGGCUUCUGCACUACGAAUUGGGGUCCAAAGCCGAUCAUUCGGCACUCCCGAACUACUUGCCGCUCAACCUGUUUGUGUUCUGUUACUUCACGGCGUACCUGCAAGUGAGCGUGUGCGACCUGCUCACCGAGGCACGGUACGCCGAGGCGAUGCGCGAGCGCCCGGAGCACGGUCCUGACCUGAUGACGUUCGUGUGGGGCGGCAUCAGCAUCGGGGCUUUUCUCGGGACGCUUACCAUCGGCUACGUUUUGGAAAAUCUCGGGCCGUUCUUCCCGUCGGUCGUCGUAUUGUUUGUGUCUUCCCUGAUGCUCUACCCGUUGUUUCGCAACUGGCUGCAGGAGCGCAAAGACGACGGCGAACAAGUGGAACCGCGAGUGGACCAAGAGCAACAGCAGCAGCACGAGCGGCCGCACACAGGAAUUGGAACUUCCGCGGCCGAGCCUUCCGCAGAUGCCGAGGAUUCCCGUCGCGUUCCUGUUCAUCCACACGGCGGGACUAGUACUUCUGAAAUUAUAAAUUUGUACCCAGCAGCAUCUUCUUCGCCCGGAGCAAAUAAUUCGUCGCUUCGCCGCUCGAAUGAAAAAACAACAAGGCGCGUUGCUCCCGAGUUGGUGUUUUUGUCCUUUUUCAUGGGGUUCUGCGCACUAGCGCUGGUCGGCAGCGGUUUGAUGGAGAGCCUCUCCACGCGAGCGAACUUUGGGUUCGCCAUCUGCGUGUCCGUCAUGGCCCUCUUCUGCUAUCCUGAGUAAAAACGUACCCACCCCAGAGUUGUCGUGCAAAUCUGCAUGCCAAAAAAGUUUCUCAUGCGGAGCCCUAUGAGAAGCAUUUCCGUUUUCUCUACGUGUUUUGGAAUUUGUGAUGCUAGAAUCAGCAUGGUAGGCUAGAUGUGUAAUGCUUCUGAGCUAGCGAAACAGGAUUACACUACGAGGACAAACUUGUCAUGCCAAACAACCAAAGCUGUGUGAUUUGUCUAGCAGAUUUGCCAACUUGACUCUGGUGUGGGGACGUUUUUAAUCAGGAUAUCUGCUUCCAGCUGUUCUGUUCGCCGGCCAUCGCGAACAUGAACUUUUUCACGUUCCUACCCUGAGUAAAAACGUACCCACACCAGAGUUGUAAUGCAGAUUUGCAAAGACAGGAAGACUUGUAAUGCGCAUCCGCAGGAGAGCCAUUUCGAGUCGUGUUUUGGAAUUUGUAAUGCUGUAAACAGGAUGAGCAGAUGGAUUUCUGAUGCAGCUGGCCUUGCGAACCUGCACCACGCUACGGACUGCAGCUUGUGAUGCGUGACUCACAAAAGUCCUAGGUUUGUGUUGCAAAAUCCCCAUCCUGACUCUGGUGUGGGUACGUUUUUACUCAGGAUAGUUCCUGCAGACCGCCAUGUCGAUGAGCAUCGAGGGCGCGACUUUCUACUUCUUCACAGACUCCGAAGAGGAGUACCCGGACGGACCGCACUUCAGCAUCUGGUUCUAUACCACCGGCAUCGGGAUCGUCGCGUCGGUGUUCAACCUGGUGGGGAUGCUCAUCUACAACCAGCGCCUGAAGACGUGGCGCUAUCACAAGCUCUUCAUGGUGGCCAACGUCGCGCAGUGCGUGUUUGCGCUGUUGGGGAUCUUGGUGUUUACACGGGUCAGCAAGCACGUGCUGGGGAUCCCCGACCACUUGUUUAUCCUGGGCGGCUCGGUCAUCCUCUCAAUCGUGCAUCAGUGGAUGUGGCUACCUGGCGUGGUCCUGCUGUCUCAACUCUGUCCCAAGGGCUGCGAAGCGACCAUGUAUGCGCUGCUCGCUGGUACGCAACGAAAUUACUUAAUAUUUCGACGUACUACCACGAAAAUGGAGUAGUUCCAGUGCUUGUUGGUUCGGUUGUUCCGAAAAAAGUAGUCUUAUUCUAUUCUAUGGAGAAUGCGAAAUGCAAAUUCUGAUUGAGCUAUUAACUAACUUGCUCAUUCAUUCUGUGACAUAGGAGGGCAUGAUACUCUCAGGUUGUCACAACAUCGGCAAUGGAGUGGGGCAGAUUUUCGGCGCCUACGUUCUAGAAGCCCUUCACGUGCAGCCCGACGGCAGCAAAAAAGACGGUACUGACGCGUUGCAUUUGAGCACAGGCUGGUCAAUGGUGCCUAUUUAUUUGUAGUAUAUUCAAGUUUCGGCAGUCAAAACCAGGCAUGCUCAUCUAUCAAAAAUUUCCGGUGCCUGCGCACACUUUUGACAACGAACCUUCUAUACCUAUCCUGUGAAAAUUUAUUCAUUACAGCGGGGGAGUUCGGUAAUUUGUGGCUUGCAAGCGUGAUCGGCACGGUGCUGCCGAUGUUUUCCCUGGUAAUGUUGCCGUACUUCAUCCCGAAUGCGACCCAGCAAGAAGUUCUCUUGAACGACGACGACGAUGGCGUAAAGGGGUCUUGGUGGCAUCGAUAUAAGUACGGGACCAAAUCUGCAGGUCCUGUUCGCGAUGCAGAAGCUGGGCAAGAUGCUUUAACGCGGCGCACGAAGCACAGUAGCCAUGCGGAGGAAGAGCAGGACGAGGAAGCUCAGCGGCUGAUGGCAAGCAAUGCUUGAGUUCUAAUUUGCGAGAAGAAGCCGGCCCCGUCCCCCUCCCCGCGCAGCCAGCAGGAGCCGAUUGCUCGCCAGUCCGCCCGCUGUCAAGGAUGCGGCUCGCCGAGGGAGUAGCGCUCUGCAGAACUAAUUCUAGUUGACUUUUUGCGAUCUUUCAAAUAUAUCGAUUCUGAAUACUACGUGAAGUUCGUUUCUGCGAAAAACAACAUCAAUCCUGGAAAGAUAUGUAUGUACUUCUAUUCAGCAUGGACUAACCGCACAUCCUUGCCGUCAUUUUGGUUUUAACCGCGCGCCGCUACCUUUCGUAUGCAGUCUGCAUUGAAAGAAGUGUGUCGCACGCGAAGACGAACAAGUGAGAAGUAUUCGGAACAUCAAAAGUAUGAAGAGUAUGUCGCUGCCUAUACCUAGUAAGACGCCAGGAGUUCUUCUUUUCUGUGGUUUUCCCGCCCCCGAGUGUAUCGACUUUCUCCCCAGUAACUUCACGCACAAACAGCUACCCCGCAUGACUGUACAACUCGCGCUGUCAGAUGGCCGACAACAUGAGUACACGAGAUUGAUGUUUAGCAU